AUGAACGCUGACAGCAUGGGUGUAGCUCAUACUAGGAGGGAUCACGGGAUGGAUAUCCUUAAAGCCGCCCAACAACAGAACUGGCCUGCAGUGAAGCAACUUGCUACAGCUACGCUUGAACUCAACGCACAACAGUUCCAUAUUCACCUUACAUUUCAACUUGCAAUUCAAUCCAGGGCAUGGGAUAUCGUUGAAAUGCUGGUGAGCAAGGGUAUAGACCCUAAUGUGAAAUCCCUCAACAGACGACCCGCUAUUCUUGUCGCUGCAUCGGCCCAAGCCUGGAGUACGGUUCAGGUUUUAGCGAAAGAGGGAGCGGACUUGAGUGUUACCGAUGACGACGAUCAUACGGCACUUCUCUUAGCGGCCUCCUACAGAAAAUGGGAUAUAGUUGAUUUCUUGGCAAGUGCCGGGGCGGACAUAACAGUGAAGGGAACAUACCUCGUGUAUUCAAAAAUAACGGUUUUAUCAAUCAAUCAAUCAAUCAAUCAAAAUUCUAUUAACCUGUUCGAGCCUAACUAA